UCAUUUUUCACAAACCAAACCCUUGGAAAAUAAAUAGGAUGAAUUAGUUUCGUUGAUAUCAGCUCGAUUGUGUUGCCUAAUUCCCUUCCUUCCAAUUCUCAUUCAUAAUUCUGCUGAUGAUUCAAUGCUCGGAAGCUGGCCCUCUCUCGACCCUCACAACUUCAGCCAGUUCAAGCCCAAUGAUCCCUCCAACCCAUCGUUGGUUGUGUUUUUGGGUGUUAGCAUCUCCAAGGGGAGAGGUAAAUGGAGAGAAAAUGACACCUGUUACCUAUAAUCCUACUCAUGAUCGCACCCUCUCUCCGCCUGAUCAGGUUAUAGUCCCAGAGGCGAAAAACAUUCUUCUGAGGCACUUCUAUCAACAGGCCGAAGAGAAGUUGCAGAUGAGUGCAAAGAGAGCAUUUUCCGAUAAUCCGAUGCCGGAGCGUGCAUCGAAGCUUCCUAGGGCUUCUGCUUCUGAUAAUGUGUAAUGUGAGCUUCACAAAAAUUGUGAAUAUAUCAGUCCCUGCAGGCGCUAAUAUAGAGUGCUGAAAAGCUCAUAACCAUGCUUGCUUGUUGUAUACUUACAUAAGCCUUCAAAGGGUGUAUAUUUUGAGUAUCUUCUAAAUUUAUAUAGCCCUCUGUCUGUGAAA